UGCCAGGUUACCUGUAAAUAAAAUAAUGUUCUAAGGUCCCUGUAAUGGAGCCAAGUCUAUCUCUUGUCUGAAACUUUCAGAAAUGAACUUAAAUAAUAUUAGAGAGUUGUGAGGGCUAGGGGGGACAGUGUGCCAGUAGUGCUGCUGUGGAGCUCAGGAAAUGGCUGGCUUAUAUUUCUCAGUAGCUGAAUGUUGUUGCUUCUUGGUUUCCUGGAAUAAUUCUUCUUAUGUGGAGAUAAAAAUUAAAGUGAUGACAAGAAACAUGAAAGCGAAGUGUAUGUACUUUUUAACACAAUGAGUAAAUGUCUUCCAAUUUUUUUUUAAAAUGUCUUGAAUAUGUUGCGUUGCUGAAAUAGCUAUUGCAUUUCCAGGCACUUUUUUUCAGGGUAUUUUUCUCUAAUUUUCCCUCAAGCCUUGUCCUCAAAACAUCACAGAAAUCAUUCAGCAUUCUUAGAAGACAUUGUCUUGUCAUUUCUUUCACAUUUCAGCAAAUGUAUAUUGUGUUGUAGUUCUUAUAAGUGUCACUGUUAUGUAUGAAGGUUGUGGGUGGUCACAUUCUUUGUGUGAACAUUUUUAAAACCAGCAAGUCCAGAGCAAGGAUUCUGAUAGAUUUCUGUUAGGUCUUUGUUGCCUUUGAGCUUUAUUACUUUUUCAGAGAAAGGGCAACUCCUCUGAAACUUGGAAAUCAAUAAUAGCAUUUUGGUAGGAAAAUCAGUCCUCGGAACUGUUCCUGUGGGAGUAAACAAGUACUUUGUAUGAGCAUCAUGGUUCACAAAACAGCCUCUUUGUUUUGCAACACAGAUGAAAGUAGCUGAGAAGCUAACAAUAAUUCUGUUUGGGCUGCAUGAUAUUUGUUCUUUAGGACAGCCUGAAACACUGUGUGAACACAGCAAGACCUACAUAUGUGGGAGGUGCAAUAUAUGAGGAUACACUUGGCUUGUAACUUUAACGACUACCUGCAUAAAUGCUACCAAAUUUUCAAUGAGAGGAUAGAUACAUAGCUGUCCUGGGGCAAAUUGCUUCACCCAGAGCACAGCAGAAAGCCUGAAAGAAUAGGAUCUUGGUUCAACAUUUAUGAUUUCAGAAUCAUGUUUCUAAUCUGAAUAAUUGCAUACAAAAAUAUGAUGUAAAUGGAAGUUGUCCUAGUCUGAAAUCUUCACAAAUAAUUAGAGGAAGUGGAUGGUUUUGCAAUAAGCUUUACUUUUUCUGCUUGUAGUUAGACAGAUUCUUCAGUGCUUUUUGCUCUUUGGGAUAAGCAUGUGAUGCAAGUGGGUAGAUGUUUUGGUUUUUUUAAAAAAAGGAAGAUAAUUUAAUUUGUGAGUGGAACUGAAUCCCUCUCUAACACAGAAUAUACAACAAAACAUAUGAGUACUCAACUGUGGGAUUUAUUUGGUGUGUUUUUCACAUGCUAAUGCACUUAAAAUCUGACAUUAAGAGUUACAAUUCUGCUUGAUUUAAAGAUCUUAAUAUUUCGGACCAUCUCCUCUGUGGCCUGGUGUUCUUUUUCCAUGUCCUCUGAGUUGUAGUCUUGUGAUGACUUUCUCUUGUGGUCUGUUCUUGCAAACUGCUGUCAAACAUGACUGUUGGUCCCGUCUUCUCUGUGUUUGGCUUCAAAUUUUCCUUACUGCUGACCAAUGUAACAUAACACUGCUAAAUACCUGGCAUUCUUAAUGGCACUAUAUUAAUUUUGGGUGAAAAGCACUUAUCACUUUGAUGCUAAGGAGUAAUUUGGUCCACAUUGAUGAGACCAAUCAGUGACAAAUUCAAGUAUGAGUGUGUAUGCAUUGAAAGACUGGGUUCUGGUUUCAGAAAAUCUUCACUGUCCUCCUCAUCAAGGGUUUAAUCAAUUAAAUGUACCAAUGCUUCUGCUAAAGAAACAAUUCUCAGGGAGGUUAACUUUCUCUUUUUUCCCCUCCUCCUCUUCAUGUCUUGGUGCUAAAAUGCCCUGCAUUUGCUUGUGUGUUUCUUUGAAAAUGCAUACAAGAAAGCGGUGAAAGGGCACACGAAAUUCCCAGGGUUUUUUUCAGUCAAAUGAGAGGCCAAGAGUGAUUAGCACUGCUGAACAUAAAAUAUGUACAGAAGGCUCAAUGUUAAAUUGGGACCAGCAGUUACCUGCUAUUGCUUCAUGUAGCUCUGUGGAGCACAAAGUUUAAGGCUAAGGCUUGUGUAUACAUAAAGAAGGCAAAAGUUAGCUGAAUGCUGAGGAUCCUGCCACACAAAAGAUUUGGAAGUACUGACAUGCACUGACACUUCUAUUUAGCUUUGCCUACUCUAACUGAAGAUUGUGAGGCAGACUUUGCUUCUGCGAGUUAGUUGAUGAUAGUUUGUAUAAGUCAAAAAGUAAUCAAAGACUGCCUGGCCUUUCCAGUAAUAAUAAACACCUUUAUCUCUUGAAUGUUCUCACUUCAAUCCAUUUCCAGUAUCUAAACUCCAAGCUCAUCUAAGCUGGAAUUUUAGUUCUUUUUUAUUCCUUAGGAAAUUACUGAGAUUCUAUCAUUGUUGUUGAUUUGAAGCAGAUUAUUUCUGUGAGCUAUAAAUUCUAGCUAGAUUACAGCUAAAGAUAACUAAAUUCUUAAUUUCCUGGGCCAUCAGGUCUCCCACCUGAAGUAGCUGGGAGUUUCAUCCUGCACUUUUUGCCUUCUCCAGGCCUCAGUGCCUCUUUCUGUUUGCCUACUAGUAUAAACAACAAACUGUAACUAUUGGAUUUUGGUCUAUGUUUCAUUCAUUAGUAGCUGAAUUUGGCUGGUUCUUUAAGGUUUUUCUGCCCAGCUGGCAAAGACCGUCAUACUCGGUUUCUCUUGUGAGAAGUAAGUCCAAGGGGGCUGGGCAGGAGUUUUGUUUAUGUUUGGAAGACUCUCUAAACGGGUAUGUCCGAGGGCUUAACAUAGACUUGAGCAUCGAUGUCUCUCCCUGCAGUCAGCUCAGAUACAUUGGUAACGAUCAUCCCAUUAAACUUUUAAAACAGUGCUGCAGGAGUAACAUUGAUCUGAGCUGUUAAUGGCUACAACUAAAUGUGUCAGGCUAGAAGGCUUUCUCUGGAAUGUAUAGUUCAUUUUUUAGAUAGAUGAUAAAAAUCUUGCUUUCUGAGGAAAAAAACAUGAAUUUGAAGUCAGUUAAAAUACUGCUGUGGUGCAGUGAGGGACAGCUUGAGGCUAAUGAAUGUGCUUCAGCUCUGUUUUUCAGCAGUGGGAUGGUUAUGGUGUUGAUUAUAUAGUGAGCCCAAUGGCAGCUGUUAUGAAAACACUGGUUAUUAUUACUGGUCAUUUUUGAUCUUACUCAUUACAGUUAUUCAUUACUCUUUUUUUACUGUUACUCAUUAUUGGCAAUGAGUAACAGUGAUAAUUUCUGAGAAGCAUAAUAUGCAUUUACUUCUCUGCUAGAAUCCACAGAUAUAUCAGUGAGCUCCUGAGCUGUGCCAUGCUUCAAAUUGUCACCUGUGGGGAGCAGCUGAGGGAGCUGGGGCUGUUUAACUUGGAGAAGAGGAGGCUCAGGGGAGACCUUGUUGCUCUCUACAACUACCUGAAAGGAGGUUGUAGCCACGUGGGGAUCAGCCUCUUCUCCUGGGCAAUCAGUGACAGGAGAAGAGGACACAGUCAGUCUUAAGCUGUGCCAGGGAAGGUUUAGGUUGGAUAUUAGGAGGAAUUUCUUCACAGAAAGGAUGAUUAGACAUUGGAAUAGACUGCCAAGGGUGGUGGUGGAGUCACUGUCUCUGGAGGUGUGGAAGGAAAGACUGGAUGUGGCACUCGGUGCCAUAGUCUAGUUAAUGUGUUGGUGCUUGGUCAAAGGUUGGACUUUAUCUCAGAAGUCUUUUCCAAUCUAAUUGAUUCUGUGAUUCUGUGAUUAUCUUUAUGCUUUAAGUCAGAUUUAAUGCAGAAUUAUGUUAAUACUGAAACUAGAAAAAUAUAAAUAAUUAUUAUUAAGAUAAAUGACACUUUAUUUUCUUCACUGCAUAGUAGAUGUAAAGGACUUGGACCCUUGUUUAGAUUGUACAUUAGAUCCUGAGUGUCAUGCCUACAGAGCUGAGGUUGAUCUGAUUUCUGUUUGAGCACUUGUUCCUGGAAAAGAGACAAACUGCUGGAACAGUGAGAGAUCAAAUAUGAAAAGUCUUGAAAGAAAAUAAAUUUGAAAUCAAGUUCUUAACAUCCUUUAUCCAAAAACCUGAAGCAGCAGAGAGAUAGUUUUUACAAUGAGGAGAAAUUAUCUUCUAGCUGUUCAAACUUCUGAUUCAUCAGAUUUUAAUGAGGAAGAAAACCUGACUGAUUAACACAGCUUCGGUAGUUUGUUGGGUUUUCUUUUCAUUCCACAGUGUUUGAGAGAUUUGAGGAAAAUUUCAAGGAAUGGAGUUAGCUCACAGUUUGUUGCUUAAUGAAGAAGUGUAUAACCAGCUUGGUGGAUUUCAAAAAGCAGAGUUCAUUUUUGAGUGGUUACAGUAUUUGGAAAAACUUUUACCAGUGACUAGCAGAGCUGAUAUAAGGGAAAACCAGAAGAAACUGGUUGAACAAUUGACUUCUUUGUUAAACAAUUCACCAGGACCUCCUACCAGACGGCUUCUUGCCAAGAAUUUAGCUGUAAUUUAUAGCACUGGAGACACUUUUUCUGUUUACCAAACAAUUGACAAAUGCAAUGAACUCAUUCGGAGUAAAGAUGACUCACCAAGUUAUCUGCCUACAAAACUUGCUGCGGUGGUAUGCUUGGGCUAUUUAUACAAAAAAUUGGGAAGAAUUUUGGGAAACAGUUUUACUGACACCGUUGGGAAUGUGCUUAAAGCAAUGAAGAAUGCAGAGUCUCAAGGUCGUUAUGAAAUCAUGCUUAGUUUGCAAAAUAUAUUAAAUGGUUUAGGAGCUGCUGCUAUCCCCUGUCACAGAGAUGUUUACAAAGCUGCCCGAUCGUGUUUGACAGAUCGAUCCAUGGCAGUCCGCUGUGCUGCUGCAAAGUGUCUUCUUGAACUUCAGGAUGAAGCAGUAUUUAUGUGGACUACAGACCUGGAUAGUGUUGUGACCUUAUGUUUUAAAUCCUUUGAAGGUUCCAAUUACGAUGUACGAUUAGCAGUUUCAAAACUUUUAGGCACAGUAUUGGCUAGAGCUCUAACGUCUAAGCAGACAAGAGUGUCCACCAAGCAUAACUUCCGCAGAAUCUCUUUGGAAGAAGUGAUGGAGCUAUUGGGAACUGGAUUUCUGCGUGGAAGUUGCGGAUUUCUGCGAGCCAGUGGCGAUAUGUUGAAAGGGACCAGCUCAGUCAGCAGAGAUGUUAGAGUUGGAAUCACCCAGGCAUAUGUGGUAUUUGUCUCUACAUUAGGAGCAAAAUGGCUUGAAAGGAACUUCUCUGCCUUCCUUUCCCAUAUUCUAGAUCUUGUGUCUCAGUCUCACCCUAAGGCUGUUCAGAGCCCAGUGGAUGCUAUUGGCUGUCGUCGCUGUGUUUCAUUCAUCCUGCGAGCUACAGCAGGAGGCCUGCUCGGGGAAAAGGCUCAAAUUGCAGCUGCCAAGGAGAUUUGUCAGGCCAUCUGGAAACUGAAGAAAGUUGUGGAUGCUGCAAUGAGUGACAGUAACUUGGAAACAAGACUUAAUACAACAGAUGUAACAGGAAGUCAGCAUGUGCUUGUGUGUGCACUUCAGGAACUUGGAAGUCUUAUCCAAGGCUUAGGAACGACAGCAGCACCAUUACUGCAAGACUCCAGUACAGGAGUUCUGGAAGCAGUAAUUUCUAUCAUUCUUCAUCCCAGCAUUUCAGUCAGAAUAACAGCAGCUUGGAGUUUACGCUGUAUUGCAGUAGCAUUACCCUCCUAUGUGUCCCUGCUGUUGGAUCGUUGCAUUGAACGUCUUAGUACGUUGAAAUCCUCCCCAGAAGCAGUAACUGGCUAUAGUUUUGCUGUUGCUGCUUUACUGGGUGCAGUAAAACACUGUCCUUUAGGAAUUCCACAUGGAAAAGGCAAGGUAAUCAUGACAGUAGCAGAGGAGUUGUUGUGUUCUGCUUCUCAGAACGGUCGCAUUUCACUGCAGCGAACACAGGCUGGAUGGCUGUUGAUAGCUGCCCUCAUGACAUUAGGUCCUGCAGUUGUCCAACAUCAUCUGCCACGAAUGCUGUUACUGUGGAAGUGCAUCUUUCCAUCAUCUCCUAAAGACCUAGAAACAGAGAAGACACGAGGAGAUUCGUUUACCUGGCAAGUAACACUGGAAGGUCGUGCUGGUGCUCUUUGUGCUAUCAAAAGCUUUGUUUCCCACUGUGGUGGUCUUCUUACGGAUGAAGUUGUUCAGAGACUUCUUCCUCCUCUCCCAAGUGCUGUUGAUUUAUUGACACAGCUCUCUUCAAUAUAUAAAUCAUACGGAAAUGCUUUAAAAACACCAUCAACAAUUUACAGACAUAAACUUUAUGAAUUACUAGCAGUAUUGCCUCCAAAGACCUAUGAAGGAAGUUUCUGUGCUGUUCUGAAAGAGUUAGUGACCGACUUGACUGUCCCAGAUAGCCAGAUUGAUGCCUCUACGUUCUUGCUUCCACCGCUUUGUCAUGAGAAUGAUCUCAUUUUACUUGGUCCCUUACUGCAAGAGACUGACCACCGAUUUAUCGAAGAGCAGCUCCUUUUAGGUAGCAGCAUAGCCAGUGGCAGCCUGGAGUACGACCCUCACGCAAUUUAUGAGAAAGCUGGAAAAGGGGACUCUGUACCCAAACCACUACCUCCUGCAUUGUCUGUUAUCAGUGCAGCAACUCGACUUUUUGGAGUUAUGUUUUCCCAUAUAGCAGAAUCUCACAGGCUCCAGGCAUUAGAACAGUUGUUGAAUUCCAUAAAGCAAACAAAAGGAUCACGACAACAAAUAGUACAACUACAUGUCGUGUCAGCCUUUUCUACUUCCUUAAAGCAUUUGGCUAACUGCAAGGGAAGUUUAGGUUCAGAAGAAGUUAGAAGGUCUGCCCUGGCAUUGGUAAUGGGUGCCUUGGAAAGCAAUAAUCCACUCCUAAGAUGUGCUGCUGCAGAGUGUUUGGCCAGGUUGGCACAGGUGGUUUCUGACAGUGCCUUCACCGCCGGAUUAGCACAAGUCAGUUUUGACAAGCUAAAAUCUGCCAGGGAUGUGGUAUCAAGAACAGGUCAUUCUUUGGCUCUGGGAUGUCUGUAUAGGUACCUAGGAGGAAUAGGUUCUACUCAGCACCUGAAUGCAUGUGUUGGAAUCCUGUAUACUUUAUCUCAGGACAGUACUUCUCCUGAUGUACAGGCAUGGGCACUACACUCUCUGUCACUGAUAGUAGAUUUGGCUGGGCCCUUGUAUCAUGUGCAUGUGGAACCUACCUUAUCUCUUGUUCUCAUGUUGUUGUUGACUGUACCUCCUGCUUAUGCUGAAGUUCACCAAAGCCUUGGUCGCUGUUUAAAUACACUUAUUACCACGCUGGGCCCUGAGUUGCAAGGCAGCAGUACAACAGUUUCAGCCUUAAGAACUUCCUGCCUCUUGGGCUGUGCAGCGAUGCAGGAUAAUCCUGAUUGCCUUGUUCAGGCUCAAGCCAUCUCUUGCCUUCAGCAGCUUCACAUGUUUGCUCCUCGGCACGUCAACUUGUCUAACCUUGUAAGCUGCCUAUGUGAAAUCUUGUUGGAUAAUUCUGUGUUGAUGAAUCUCUGUAGCUCAUACCUAUUACUGAGACGUGCAGUGGUAUCUUGCUUACGUCAGCUUGUGCAAAGAGAAGCUGCUGAAGUAUCAGAAUAUGCUGUUGCAUCAGUAAAAGAGAGCAGAGAAGAUUUUACUCCAGCAGAUGUGAACAUCAGAGAAAUAGGCCUGGAGGGGGCAUUGCUGGGCUUGCUGGACAAAGAAUUGGAUCAAAGAUUGUGCCAAGAUAUCAAAGAGACUCUGACUCAUAUGCUUACUUCAAUGGCAGUUGAAAAGCUCUCUUUUUGGCUGAAGCUUUGUAAAGACGUUCUUGCUGCCUCUGCUGAUUUCAAUACAGUAGCUUCAGUAGAUACCACUCAAGAAGAGGAAACUGCCAAAGUGGAUGAUGCAUCUGUUUUAACAUCUGACAGCGAUGACAGGUUCCAUCCUUUCCGGAAUCCACGAUGGUCUACCAGAGUUUUUGCUGCAGAGUGUGUUUGUAAAAUUAUAAGCCAGUGUGAAAAUGCAUGCAGUGCACAUUUUGACAUAACUUUGGCUCAGGAAAGAAAACAACGUGAUUCAAGAGAUGACUUUUUGGUAUUGCAUUUAGCUGACUUAGUUCGUAUGGCUUUUAUGGCUGCCACAGAUCAUAGUGAUCAACUUCGUCUUUCUGGGCUUCAAACAUUGCAAAUUGUUGUUCGGAAGUUUGCAGCUAUUCCAGAACCAGAGUUUCCAGGUCAUGUAAUUCUGGAGCAAUAUCAAGCCAAUGUUGGAGCAGCACUUAGGCCUGCCUUUGCUCCUGAAACUCCUCCUGAUGUCACAGCAAAAGCAUGUCAGGUAUGCAGUGCCUGGAUAGCAAGUGGUGUAGUCAGUGAUCUUAAUGACCUUCGAAGGGUUCACCAGUUGCUUGUGUCCUCUUUGGUCAAAGUGCAGGCUGGAAAAGAAGCACAAAAUCAACAAUAUAAUGAAAGCACCUCAACUAUGGAGAUACUGGCUGUGCUUAAGGCUUGGGCAGAGGUUUACAUAGUUGCAGUUCAAAAGCAGAAAAAUCAAACUGAUGCACACAAUCACUGUUUAAAAAUUGCAAACUCUGCAGAAGAAAGCUACAGAGAUGUAACAUUUUCAGCCAGUGGACUUCUGGACUUGGUACAGGCAGAUCUUGGAACACUAAGCAAGCUCUGGCUUGCUGCACUUCAGGAUUUUGCUCUCUUAACUUUGCCUUCAGAAUAUGCAUCACAACUACCUGCUGAAGGUGGUACAUUUUAUACAGCAGAGACGAUUGAAAAUGCCAGACCUCAUUACUACAACUCCUGGGCACUGAUACUUUAUGCUACAGCAUUAUGGCUGACUAGCACAGGUUUCGUUGUCGUUGAUCCAGAUGAAGGAGUUACAAAUCUCUCUCGACCUGUCACCCCAACUACCAUGUGUCAAGAUUCUUCUACCAGACCCUUGGUGAAGUCACCUGAGGAUGUGAAUACUGACAGAUUUCAUCUUAUCUUGGGAAUUAGUGUGGAAUUCCUCUGCUCUCCUCGGUCGGAUGCAGCAAUGGAGAAUAUUAUUGCCUGCUUGCAUGCCCUACAGGCACUCUUUGAUGUUCCAUGGCCAAGGUCUAAAAUAGGUGGUGAUCAGGAGUUAGGUGUGGAGCUGCUGAAUGUUUUGCAUCGACUGAUACUGACCAGAGAAUCACCUGAUAUUCAGCUUGCUGCCCUUGAAGUGGUUCGCUUGAUUCUUUUUGCAGCUCAGGAACAUGUGAAGGAAAAGCGGAGAAGUGCAGAAGUUGAUGAUGGUGCUGCAGAAAAGGAAACGUUACCAGAAUUUGGAGAAGGCAAAGACACAGGAGGACUGGUGCCUGGGAAAUCAUUAGUCUUUGCAACACUGGAGUUGUGUGUUUGUAUUCUUGUCAGACAGCUUCCCCAGCUCAACCCUAAAUUAACUUGUAGCCCUGCAGUUCAACCUGGAAAACAUCUGUUACUCUCAGAAGAUGGAAGUAGACUGGUAGCAGCAGCAUUAGUUAUUCUCUCUGAUGUUCCUGCAAUCUGUUCUCCUGAAGGAAGCGUUUCAGUUCUUCCUACUAUUUUGUACCUAAUUAUUGGAGUACUUAAAGAAACUGCUGUGAAAUCACGAGAUGGCCAGUUACCUCUGGUGGUUGCUGCAUCUCUACAAGCUCUUAAAGGACUCUUGUCUUCUCCAAUGUCUCGAGCAGAGAAGAGUAGGACUGCUUGGACUGAUCUUCUGCGUAGUGCUUUGGUCUCAGUACUUGACUGUUGGGAUCAAGAUAAAGAACUCCAAGAACUCGAUGAAGUUAGCCUGCUUACUGCUAUUACAGUAUUUGUUAUGUCUACCAGCCCAGAAGUUACUACUGUAGAGUGCCUUCAGAAGCGUUGUAUUGAGAAGUUUAAAAUAACACUUGAUUCAAAAGAUCCUCUUGUACAGUACAAGUGCUACCAGCUGCUGCACUCCAUCUUUCAGCAUCCAAACAAAACCGUGUCAUAUCCUUAUAUUCAUUCUUUAGCACCAUCCAUUGUGGGAAAACUGCAGGAAACAGAAAAAGCAAAACCUGAAAAUGCUGCUGAACUUCAAGUCAUUCAGGAGGGAAUAAAGGUGGUUACAGCUCUGACAGCCACUGCUGAGGAAGAGCACCGUGCUCAUUUGGUGGCCUGCUUUCUUCCCAUCCUUAUUUCCUUUCUUUUGGAUGAAAAUGCCCUGGUUUCUGCUACAAAUUCAGCAAAAAAUCUACAUGAGUUUGCUUUGCAAAAUCUGAUGCAGAUUGGUCCACAGUACUCAUCAGUUUUUAAAAAACUAAUGGCCUCCUCUCCAACUAUGAAAGCCAGGCUUGAGUCAGCUGUGAAAGGCAAUCAAGAAAGCAUCAAAGUGAAGACUGCUAAACAUGCAAAGAAUCCUGGGAAAAGUUCAAGCAUUCAGCUAAAGACCAAUUUUCUUUAAAGCUUUAUAUUGUCUUCUUACACAUUUUGAUAUCAGCAGCAAAAAACAUCCCUUUUAAUUUCUAAUCAAUGUAGAAUUGCUAUGAGUUGAUCUUAAGUAUUUGAGUUUGUGCUGAAGUAUUUCAGAAAGUUUUUAAGAGAAAGGAAAUCUCUAGGUAGCUUUCUGUUAGUGUAAGACUUCUUAAACAUCUCUAAAUACUGUGAAUAAAUCAGAGGUCAUCAAAUCUGUAUUUUUUUAUUAUUUUGAACUAAAAUACCAGAAAUGCACAUGUCUAUAUUAAAAAAAGUAUAGCGAACUUUACCAUAGGUAUGUUUAGGAGAAGCCCACACUUAGCCAUUAAGUAAAAUUAAUUUUAUUUCAAAGCAAUAUUUGUCAGAAAGAAGUUACCUUAAGUGGUUUUUGGAUUUAACUGGGGCAUAAAUUUACUUACAGAUUGUAAUCUAUGCAAAUUACUAAUUUAACAGACUGCAUCAUUAAUUAAACAGGUUAAGUAUCCUUUUAAGCCUUACAGUAGUUUAUUGUUGAUCUCAGAAAAUUCAACUCAGUACAGGUAGUAUGAAUAGCUUUAAUCCUAAUGUCUUGAGCUGUACAAGAUGUAACAGUGAAACACAGCCCUAUGAUGCUUCUUCAUGAAGGACUCUGUAGUGCUUUCCAGAGUGGGACUAGGUAAGGAUUGGCAGGCUCGGUGCCUCGCUUCUCAACAUGGUCUCACUUUUCAGGAUGUGUACUUGUGUUAAGUUUCUAUUAGGUGAGCCAGGCAAUUGGAGCUUACAUAUCCUGUCCAGGGUAGGACAGCAAUUUUAACAUACUGUGCCUCAAUUCAGACCUCUGCUCUAUCUGGAUGUAUGUUUCCUGAUCUGUAAAUGAUCGGUUAUAUAUACACGUAACUCACAGAAAUUUACGUAUCUCUGCAAUGAGAGAUGGACAUAUUUGAAGUCACUUUGUCCUGUGUCUAUAAAUAAAGUACAACAAACUGAUAGUAAGGAGUAUAUAAUUAACAUUUUUAUCAAGGAACAUAUUUUAAUAUAGAAAAAUAACUAUCAAAAUUGCAAAGGCUAUAGAGUAUUUUGACUUCCUUCUUAAUACCAGUAUUAACUAAACCAAACACUAUCUAUCGAACUGAGGAUACUAUUUCCUUCUUGAAUCUAAUUGCUUUAAAAGAAAGAAGAAAAAAUUAUUUACGGAACUGAGAAACACACUGUGACUCAGGAAGAGUGUGAUGUACUGUAUUUUAUUAGAAGUUUUGUAUAUAAAUAUAAUUGUAAAUUGUACAGAAUUAACCAUUUGACCAAAGUUCUAACAAUUAAUUUUUCUAAUUUACAUAAAUAAAGCUAAUUUUCUUCCCUUA